AUGGGUAACUGCAGCUCAUCAUGCUGUGGAGGCCGAUCCCGCGAGGGCCUGUACGAGCCCGUUUUGGCCGAUAGCGAGCGUGAAGCUGUUGCUGACCUGUUGCAAUAUCUCGAAAACCGUGGAGAAACCGACUUCUUUUCCGGGGAGCCCCUUCGAGCUCUCAGCACUCUCGUCUUUUCAGAAAACAUUGACUUGCAACGCAGUGCAAGCCUCACAUUUGCGGAAAUCACGGAGCGAGAUGUUCGAGAGGUCGACCGAGACACACUAGAGCCCAUUCUCUUCUUGUUGCAAAGUCCCGAUAUUGAAGUUCAGAGAGCUGCCAGUGCGGCACUAGGCAACCUGGCUGUGAACACCGAGAACAAAGUCCUCAUCGUUCAGCUAGGCGGGUUAACACCGCUCAUCCGGCAGAUGCUAUCGCCAAAUGUUGAAGUCCAGUGCAAUGCCGUAGGAUGUAUCACCAACUUGGCUACCCAUGAAGAGAACAAGGCCAAGAUUGCAAGAUCGGGUGCUCUGGGUCCAUUGACGAGACUAGCCAAAUCUCGGGAUAUGCGCGUACAGAGAAACGCCACUGGAGCCCUUCUCAAUAUGACACAUUCAGACGAGAACCGACAGCAGCUCGUUAAUGCCGGCGCGAUCCCCGUUCUCGUCCAGCUUCUCUCUUCCACCGAUGUCGAUGUACAGUAUUACUGCACGACCGCCCUCAGCAACAUUGCCGUUGAUGCCAACAAUAGACGAAAACUGUCGUCAUCGGAGCCUAAACUUGUUCAGUCCCUGGUACAUCUCAUGGACUCGUCGUCCCCCAAGGUCCAAUGCCAGGCAGCAUUGGCCCUGCGAAACCUCGCGUCCGAUGAAAAGUACCAGAUUGAGAUUGUUCGAGUUCAGGGCCUACCACCGCUCCUUCGUCUUCUUCAGUCCUCUUAUCUUCCUCUCAUCCUCUCUGCCGUUGCUUGUAUACGAAACAUUUCUAUUCACCCCAUGAACGAGUCACCCAUCAUAGACGCCAACUUCCUUAAGCCACUAGUAGACUUGCUUGGAUCAACUGAUAACGAAGAGAUUCAGUGUCAUGCCAUUUCAACCCUGCGUAAUCUCGCUGCCAGCUCGGACCGGAACAAGGCCCUUGUUUUGGACGCUGGCGCUGUUCAGAAGUGCAAGCAAUUGGUGCUUGACGUACCCGUCACAGUGCAGUCUGAGAUGACAGCUGCCAUCGCGGUUUUGGCUCUCAGUGACGACCUCAAGUCACACCUUCUCAACCUGGGAGUCUGCGAUGUCCUAAUUCCAUUGACUCAUUCUCCUAGCAUUGAAGUCCAAGGUAACAGUGCUGCUGCUUUGGGCAACCUGUCUUCUAAAGUUGGCGACUACUCUAUCUUCAUUCAAAAUUGGAACGACCCCAACGGAGGAAUUCACGGGUACCUCAGUCGAUUCUUGCAGUCAGGCGACGCCACUUUCCAGCAUAUUGCCGUUUGGACAUUGUUGCAACUAUUCGAGUCGGAGGAUAAGACGCUAAUUGGGCAUAUCGGCAAGGCUGAUGACAUCAUUGAGAAUAUCCGGGCUAUUGCAAAUCGUCAAGUGGAAGCCGAACCCGAGUUUGAAGAGGAGGAUGAGGGUGAAGUGGUGAAUUUGGCUCAGCGGUGUCUGGAAUUGCUGGGACAGAGCAUGUCCAAAGCACAUAUCGAAGGUUAA